AUGUUUGAUCUGACCCGUCAGAGACAGCAGCGUAUCAGUGAUAAGCGAGUCUCCAGACACCACGGGCUGCUGGACAACCUGAGCGGAGAGCUGCGCCUCAAAGCCACACACCUGAACCCGUGCUUCAUUCAGUCGACCCGCACCGAUGACCCUCGACCUCUGCAGAAAGGUUCCUGGCACGUCCUUCGUCACGGAGACUUCUUCUCUCUGCUGCCGGGUCGCUUCAUCUACGAGGUGGUGUCAGUGGGCGGAGACGAGCGCACGUCCAGGAACAGCCAGAUGUUAGAAGAAGAAGAGACACUUCCUGUUCCUCCUGAUCCAGCUGUGGAUCUACGUCCAGCUGCCAGACUGAACCAGGAGGAGCCGCCGUCAGCAGCUCCGGAGGAAGACGAGGAGGCCGAGAGACCGUUCAAGGGAGACUCGGCAGGAUCGGUGAAAGACGAUCAGCGCGGCGCCGCUCCGUCUGUGACCAGGAGAAGAGUUUUACCUGCAUGGAUGCUGGCGCCUGUACCUGCUGCAAAGACUCCGCCCUCCACCCCGACAGUUCGGACAUGCCGACCUGCAGCGCCAUCACCUGCCACUAAACGAGCAGCUGUCGCACAAGCCACGCCCACAACAACCUCCUCACCUGAGGAGGCGGAGUUCACAAGGAAGGAGGAGGAGAGGCCGAGGAAGAGGAGAAAACUGAGUGAUGACGAAGAACAACCUGAGGUGAGACCUGUUGAGCAGACUCGCCACGUCGCCACAAAGACUCCCGCUGACGACGAGGACGAGUACGAGGACAGCUUCAUUAAUGACGACAGCGAGGACGCGGGCGAUGACUCGGACUACGUCCCUCCUGACUCGGACGACAGCGGUAAGGAGGACAUCAAAGGCCUGCAGAGAGACGCUACGGCCUUCCUGAAGAGGAGGAAGUAA